CCUUCCCGUCCCCCCCAAUACUGAGAACUAAACUGUUUGUUACUCUGUACAAUGAAAGGACCCAGAUCCUAAGGUUUCCUGGUUUACAUAUUCAAAUAUAGUUCUUUGGACCGUAAGUGGGGAAGUCUCUAAUAGCUGGCUUUCAGCGAGGGUCUCUUCUCGGCAGAGAGAAGGGGAAACAGGACGAUGAGCAUAUAUGAGGACAGAAGUACAAGAGGGUUGGUGGUCUGUAAAGAAAUGUGCGUUGUCUUACUCCUUGGAUUGUAGUGGGAGUUGAGGAUAAUUUUAGGGGCGGGACUUUUGACUGGGGAUUGGGAGAUCGAAGGUGAGGGAAGAAACGGCAGCACCGUGGGUAGGCAGAGUCUGGGGAGUCCUCACGUGAUUAGGGAGCCGAGAAGCCGGAAGUGAGGUGCACCACGUCACGUGAGGAGGCGGCAGUGGGAAGUGUGUGGCGUGAGGCUGGGUUGGAGGGCGAAGAGCUGGGAGGGCGUUCACUUUGAAGGUGUAAGUACUGCUGGUGUGGGGUGUGGAGAAGAGCGAGCCUGGGCUCCGCCUCCUCCCUUCACCUAGUCUGCUUGGGUUCGGUUGGCUAGGCCAGGCGCUUGUAUGCGCAAGCGCGGCGGAAUAGGCUCCUGGGCUCGGUCUGGUGGGAGAGGGGAGCAUCAAGGCGGGGAGGGCGACGCGGUCGGACCAUGGCGGGCAGCAGCGCCACUGGACUUAGCGGGGCCGGUGAGACGAAGGUGAUUUACCAUCUGGACGAAGAGGAAACUCCGUACCUGGUCAAGAUCCCGGUCCCGGCCGAGCGCAUCACCUUGGGAGACUUUAAGAGCGUCCUGCAGCGCCCCGCCGGGGCCAAAUACUACUUCAAGUCAAUGGACCAGGAUUUCGGAGUGGUGAAGGAAGAGAUUUCAGAUGACAAUGCCAGAUUGCCCUGUUUCAAUGGGAGAGUGGUCUCUUGGCUUGUGUCCUCAGAUAGCUCACAGCCAGAGAAUAACUCCCCACCCUCUGAACCUCGACCAGAACCCUCAUCUCCACCCCCGCCACUGCCUCCUCUGCCUCCUGAGAGGACUAGUGGCAUAGGAGAUUCAAGGCCCCCAUCAUUCCACCCUAAUGUAUCUAGUAGCCGAGAGAACCUGGAGCCUGAGACAGAAACAGAGUCAGUGAUAUCACUGAGACGGGAGCGGUCCAGGAGGAGAGAGAGCAUGGAUCACAUUGGUGGGAGCCAUCGACCUACCGGUUCUUCCCGCCUGGAGCGGCACCUGGCUGGUUAUGAGAGCUCCUCUACUCUUCUAACUAGUGAACUAGAGAAUACCAGCCUGGGAGAUUCAGAUGAGGAUGAUACUAUGAGCAGGUUCAGUAGCUCCACAGAGCAGAGCAGUGCUUCCCGGCUCCUAAAGAGACACCGACGGAGGAGAAAACAGCGACCACCUCGACUGGAGAGGACUUCAUCCUUCAGCAGUGUAACAGAUUCCACCAUGUCUCUCAACAUCAUCACAGUUACUCUUAACAUGGAGAAGUACAAUUUCCUGGGCAUCUCCAUUGUGGGCCAAAGCAAUGAACGUGGCGAUGGCGGCAUCUACAUUGGCUCUAUCAUGAAGGGUGGUGCUGUGGCUGCAGAUGGGCGAAUUGAACCAGGGGACAUGCUACUGCAGGUGUGCAUAGUAGCACAGGUUUUCCCCCCUUCCUUGGGGUCCUUAGCUGCCUCCUCACCUUUAUUCUCUAACACUCCCCCCCAGGUGAAUGACAUGAACUUUGAGAACAUGAGUAAUGAUGAUGCUGUACGGGUGCUGAGAGAGAUUGUACACAAGCCUGGCCCCAUUGUGUUAACAGUGGCCAAGUGUUGGGAUCCCUCGCCUCAGGCUUACUUCACACUUCCUAGAAAUGAGCCAAUCCAGCCUAUUGAUCCUGCUGCCUGGGUCUCUCAUUCAGCAGCACUCACUGGUGCCUUCCCUACCUACCCAGGCUCUUCUUCCAUGAGCACCAUAACUUCAGGCUCCUCCCUGCCUGACGGCUGUGAAGCACGCAGCCUCUCUAUACACACAGACAUGGCAUCUGUGACCAAGGCCAUGGCAGCCCCUGACUCCGGGUUGGAGGUCCGGGACCGAAUGUGGCUCAAGAUAACUAUCCCUAAUGCUUUUCUGGGCUCAGAUGUAGUGGACUGGCUUUACCACCACGUAGAGGGGUUCCCUGAGCGGCGGGAGGCAAGGAAAUAUGCCAGUGGGUUGCUCAAGGCAGGCCUCAUCAGGCAUACUGUCAACAAGAUCACCUUUUCUGAACAGUGUUACUAUGUCUUCGGGGACCUCAGUGGGGGAUGUGAAAGCUACCUUGUGAAUUUGUCUCUGAAUGAUAAUGAUGGAUCAAGUGGAGCUUCAGACCAGGACACAUUGGCUCCCCUGCCUGGGGCCACACCUUGGCCCCUGCUGCCUACUUUCUCCUACCAGUACCCAGCCCCACAUCCCUACAGCCCCCAGCCUCCUCCUUACCAUGAGCUCUCAUCCUACAGCUAUGGAGGGGGCAGUGCCGGAAGCCAGCAUAGUGAAGGAAGCCGGAGCAGUGGGUCUACGAGAAGUGAUGGGGGAAUAGGACGGACAGGGAGACCAGAAGAUCGGGGUCCAGAGUCCAAGUCAGGCAGUGGGAGUGAAUCUGAACCAUCAAGCCGUGGUGGCAGCCUCCACUGGGGUGGGGAUUCCAGUGAUGCCACUCUUCCUCCACCCAGGGGACUAGGUGGGGGUAGCAGCAGCCUUCGUUCCCAUCCUACUCUCCAUCCUUAUGGACCACCCUCUGGUGUGACCCUACCAUACAAUCCCAUGAUGGUGGUUAUGAUGCCUCCCCCACCACCUCCAGCAGUUCAACCUCCUGGGGCACCUCCUGUGCGUGACUUGGGCUCUGUGCCACCUGAGCUAACUGCCAGCCGCCAGAGCUUCCAUUUAGCCAUGGGCAACCCUAGUGAGUUUUUUGUGGAUGUCAUGUAGAAUUUUUUCUAUGACUUGGAGUUUUUUAUACUAUCUCUGUCUUGAUUUUAAUUCUUACCUUGUGAGUAAGACUUUCUCACAUUCUGUAGCCAAGACUCACUUUUGCCACUGGACACCAUCGAAUCCAAUUAUUUUUUUGGUGACAGCCCAGCCAAGGAGUUACCACCAUCAAUAGUGCCUGAUCUGACCCUCUUUAUAGGGUUACAGGAAAUUUUAUAUAAUAAACUUUGGGGGGGGGGGAAGAGAUACAUUUUUCUUAUACUUUUUGAUACUUUAAAAGGAUGUUUUUCUCAAAUGAAGUAGCCCUGUAACAAUCCUUCCUUGUCCUUGUCCAAAUGGUUGGGGAAUAAGAAAGGAUUGGGAAUGUUGUGGGGACCCUAUUCCCACCUGCCUUUAGAAUUCAAGAGCCCCCAAAGCAAGGGUUCUGUAGCUUCCUAUAUUGAUUGCUAUUUAUUUUAGACUUUUGUGUAUAAAACCCUAAAUAAAGCAAUAGAGGGAA